CGGCGCGGUCGCCUGAGGGCUGCAGCGCAGAAAGCCGGGCUCCCGGCCCCGGCGCCCAAGCACUCGCGUGGGAGUGUGUGCGAACGCGUGUGAACGCGUCCGGGGCGGGGCCCGCACGGAGGAGACUCCGGACCGUGGUCACUCUCGGCUGAGUUUCCGGCGGCGACUUUGAUUAUUGGCAAAUAAUCACCAUAACAGUACCGAGCCCUGGGGCUUGCCACGCCACGCACAGUCUCCGCGAGCCCGCACACGGCCGCGUCACCCACACCCGGCCCUGAUCGCCAGCCCCUAACGAGCCGAUGGAAAAAUCCAAAAAUUUCCGCAUCGACGCGCUGCUGGCUGUGGACCCCCCGCGAGCAGCCUCGGCGCAGACCGCGCCGCUGGCCUUGGUCACCUCGCUCGCGACCGCUGCUUCUGGCCCGGGCGGCGGCGGGGCGAGCAGCGGGGCGAGCGGUAGCUGCAGCCCCGCGUCCUCCGAGCCGCCCGCAGCGCCCGCCGACCACUCGGCUGCCGCUGCCGCUGCUGCGGCCGCGGGGGGCCUGGCGCUGGGGCUGCACCCGGGGGGCGCGCAGGGCGGCGCGGGCCUCCCGGCGCAAGCGGCGCUCUACGGGCAUCCGGUCUAUGGCUACUCGGCCGCGGCCGCGGCUGCCGCGCUGGCCGGCCAGCACCCGGCGCUCUCCUACCCGUACCCGCAGGUGCAGGGCGCGCACCCCGCGCACCCCGCCGACCCCAUCAAGCUGGGCGCCGGCACCUUCCAGCUGGACCAGUGGCUGCGUGCAUCCACCGCGGGCAUGAUCCUGCCCAAGAUGCCCGACUUUAACUCCCAGGCGCAGUCGAACCUCCUGGGGAAGUGCCGCAGGCCGCGCACGGCCUUCACUAGCCAGCAGCUGCUCGAGCUGGAGCACCAGUUCAAGCUCAACAAGUACUUGUCCCGGCCCAAGCGCUUCGAGGUGGCCACGUCGCUGAUGCUCACGGAGACCCAGGUGAAGAUCUGGUUCCAGAACCGGCGGAUGAAGUGGAAACGCAGCAAAAAGGCCAAAGAACAGGCGGCGCAGGAGGCAGAGAAGCAGAGAGGUGGCGGGGGCGCGGGCCGAGGCGGCGGCGCGGAGGACAAGGGCGACGAGGAGCUGCUGGGACCGCCAGCGCCGGGCGACAAGGGCAGCGGACGCCGCCGGCGGGACUUGAGGGACAGUGACCCCGAGGAGGACGAGGACGACGACGAGGACCGGUUUCCCUACAGCAACGGCGCCAGCACGCUCGCCGUGUCCUCCGACUGCUCCUCCGGGGCCGACUCGCCGCCCCCACGGCCCGGGCACCAGCCCCCGCCUCAGUAGGGUCCUCGGUGGGCGACAGGGCCCGCGCCCCUCGGCGGCCAGCACCCGCGCCCGGCCCACCCCGCCCAUCCUGGGGACCGCCCGUCUGGGCCACAGCACCUGUCAGCUCUUCAAAGGACAGGAGAGGGAGGCCCAGCGUUCAAACUUGAACUCUUGAUCGUUUCAAUUUAAAUUCGGUUAGCGUUUGGGGGGGCGGUAUUCGGGGGCACCGGCCGCUCGCCGCCAGGCGAAGCCUCCCAGCACCCCUUCCCGAAUGGAGAAGGCGGACACCUACAGUGUUAAGCGACCUGGGAACUUGAAACCUUCUCUGGACACGCCAUUCUAUUGAGUAUUGAAAAAAAGAAAAAAAUGCUUCGUGUUUAUUGUAUCUUAGGGGGAAAAAAAACUUGAUGUCAUGAGCGCUCAAACUGCUGGAAAUCUCAAAGCUGUACUGUCUUUAUUUUUGUACAUUGUAUUUAUAUAUAAAAAGAAA